CUUCAGCCCAGGCAGGCGGGUGUGUGGAAUUCUGGGAAAUGUAGUCCAGAAUCUGUGAGCAUUUACGGGCACUUCCGCUCCAGGUACGGGAGAUUUCUGCCAUCUUUUUCCUCGUGGUGGGUAUUCCGCCCUUCGUCUGGAGACAGUUCCAAGCUUCCUGGCCUUGCGUUUGUCACCUGCAACAACCAGGACGUUGAUUUGGUGGAAAGAAGUUGAGGCUUCAGAUGACAUAUUAUUGGCAGUGAUACCACAGAAGCGGCAAGGUGUCCUUCCAGCGCAGCACGUCAAGAGGCCAGCGAUGUGAGUUUGUCCCGGUAUUGGUGAUCUCAUCUCUGUUCACAUGGCUUAGUUCGGCAUUCCCAGGACUGCGUAUCUCAGGACUCUACAUCACCAGAAAUAGGAAGAAAAAUGAGCACAUUCGUGAAAUCGUUGUCAUUCAAGGACGUGGCUGUGGUCUUCACUGAGGAGGAGCUGGGGCUGCUAGACCCUGCCCAGAAGAAGCUGUACCAAGAUGUGAUGGUUGAGAACUUCAGGAACCUGGUGUCAGUGGGAGGCAAGAACCCAAGGCAGGUGGAGACUAUUCCACAAGCAGGAGCACACGAGGAGCUUUCCAGCUCACAUAUCUGGCAACAAAUUGCAAGUUACCUAACCAGGCGUGGAUAUUCUAUGAUAAAUGGUUCUCAGUUCUACAUACAAAGUCAUUCGCCUCUUCCGGUUGCAGGAGGACUGCCUGGUACUCAGAGAGGAGAGAAAACUUACCAGUAUAACGAGUGUACAGAAACCUGUAGUGAAGUCCCCAGCGUUGGUAUUUAUCACCGAUUAUAUUCAGAAGAGAAGUUUUACACAUGUAGUGUGUGUGGAAGAAGCUUCCGUUAUAUAUCAGGUCUUCAUGAUCAUCAGAGAGUUCACAUGGGAAAAAACUACUAUAUGCUUGAUGAGUGUGGUAAGGAAAUUAGUCAGAGUUCACAUCUGCAAACUCAUCUGAAUGUGCAUGCUGUACAGAACCCACACAAAUGUGAGGAAUGUGGGAAAUGCUUCAGGCAUAGAGCAACUCUUAAUGUUCAUUACAAAGGCCACACAGGAACAAAACCUUAUAAUUAUGAGGAAUUUGGGAGGGAUUUUGUGUAUCCCUCGCAUUUACAGGUGCAUCAGAGAAUCCACACUGGAGAGAAACCAUUCAGAUGUGAUAUAUGUGGUAAGAACUUUCAUCGUAGAACAGCACUUAAUGUUCAUUACAUAGUACAUACAGAAGAGAAACCUUACAAAUGUGAGGAGUGUGGAAAGGGCUUCAAGGCUGCUUCAUACCUUCUGAUCCAUCAGAGAGUCCACAGUGGAGAAAAACCAUUCAAAUGUGAAGAGUGUGGGAAGGCCAUCGCUUCUAAACGAAAUCUUGAUGUUCAUUACAGAAUCCACAAAGGAGAGAAAUCCUACAGUUGUGAGGAAUGUGGAAGGUGCUUCAGGCAGGCUGUACAACUUUUCACCCAUCAGCGAGUCCACAGUGGAGAAAAACCGUUCAAAUGUGAAGAGUGUGGGAAGUACUUCAGAAGUACAUCAAAUCUCCGAACUCAUCAUAAAAUCCACACAGGAGAGAAAUCCUUUAAUUGUGAGAAGUGUGGGAAGGGCUUCAGGCAGUCUGCACAUCUUCAGGUCCAUCAGAUAGUCCACACUGGAAAAAAACCAUUCAGAUGUGAAGAGUGUGGGAAGUACUUCAGUUUAAGAUCAAGUCUUCAAAUUCAUCGUAGAAUCCACACAGGAGAAAAAUCCUAUAAUUGUGAAGAAUGUGGGAAAGUCUUUAGGCAGGCUCAGCAUCUUUUGAGACAUCAGAGAGCCCACCGUGGAGAAAAACCUUUCAAAUGUGAAGAGUGUGGAAAGAGUUUUGGUAGCAGUUCAAACCUUAAAUGCCAUCAACGAGUUCAUAAUGAAAAAAAGCCAUACAAAUGUGAAGAGUGCGGGAAGGGCGUCUCUAGUAGACAAACGCUUCACAUUCAUUACAGAAUACACAAAGGAGAAAAACCCUACAAUUGUGAGGAAUGUGGAAAGUGCUUCAGGAAGUCUGCACAACUUACGACCCAUCGGAGAAUCCAUAGUGGAGAAAAACCACUCAAGUGUGAAGAGUGUGGGAAGUACUUCAGAAGUUCAUCAGGUCGCCGAGCUCAUCGUAGAAUCCACACAGGAGAGAAAUCCUUUAAUUGUGGGAAGUGUGGGAAGGGCUUCAGGCAGGCUGCACAUCUUAUGAUCCAUCAGAGAGGCCACAAUGGAGAAAAGCCAUUUGAAUGUCAAGAGUGUGGGAAGGGCUUCAUUACUAGAACAGAUCUUCAAAUUCAUUAUAGACUCCACACAGGAGAGAAACCCUAUAAUUGUGAGGAAUGUGGGAAGUGCUUCAGGCAGGCUGGACAGCUUUUGAUCCAUCAGAGAGUCCACAGUGGAGAAAAACCAUUGAAAUGUGAAAAGUGUGGGAAGAGAUUCCGUCAGAACGCACACCUUAAAGUGCAUCAACGGGUCCAUAGUAAAGAACACCCAUACAGAUGUGAAGAAUGUGGGAAGUACUUCAGACAUAGAUCAAAUCUUCAAACCCAUCGUAGAAUCCACACAGCUAUGGAAAUUUCCACACACCUCUAAGAAAGAAUAGACUAAGGAACUGCUAUAUAUUAUCAUCUUCGUCAUUAUUAUAUUCCUCACUGUUGUUAUUUCUACGAGUACUUUCUAAGUUUUUGCAUUUUUCUUACUUCUGAAAUAAAUAUUGUGUUAAAUGAUGUAUUUCACUGGGCAAAUCUGCUGAAAAAAACCGUUUUAAAGUGUUAAAAAGCAAAGAUAUCACUUUGAGGACUAAGGUGCGCCUGACCCAAGCUAUGGUAUAUUCACUUGCCUCAUACGCAUGUGAAGGAUAGACAAGGAAAAGAAAGACCGGAGGAGAAUUGAUGUCCUGGAAUUAUGCUGUUGGCAAAGAAUAUUGAAUAUACCAUGGACUUCGAGAAGAAUGAACAAGUGUGUCUUGGAAGAAGUACAGCCAGAGUGCUCCUUGGUAGUGAGGAUGGCAUGACUGCAUCUCACAUACAUUUGACAUGUUGUUACCCGAAGCAGGGCCCACCUGGUAUGGCUUCCUAUCUGUUAAAGCACAUUGAAGUGAGGAGAAAGGGAGAGUGUUCAUUGCCUGUACAUGAACAAGGACCAGAAAGAACGUUUCUCAGAUUCUGCUCUCUGAUCAAAGGGAAGCAAAGCCUUUUAUACCAUCUCUCACAAGGAAGUACAUACAAACAUGAACUACGUAUGCUAUCUUGGCACAUAGGCACAGUAAGAUAAAUUGCAUUUUUUUCUUUAGUAUGUAUAGAAAAUACGGAUAAGUCCGGCCGUGGGUGGAGAUUUUACUAUUAUAAUGAGACUUAGGUUACUUUAGGAUACUUUUGAAGCUAGUAAACUGGUUUUGACUGGGUUAAGGCAGAAAUUGAGUUACAGGCAGUGCUUAGGGUCUUGAUGACAAUGGACAGCAGAAGCAGGACACUUGUGGUCUUGCUUAAUGGUAGGUGAGCAGGUUCUAGCUGUGCUCGCUAUAAGUGUUAUCAGGAGGACCAGUCUCUGGUCAUUUUUGAUGGGGAAGAGGAUAAGCAAAAAAGAGGAAGACUCUAAACAAAAUGAAUUGACACAGUGGCUGUAAGAAUGGGCUCAAACAUAGCAAUUAUUGCGAGGAUAGCACAGGACUGGGCAGGAUUUUGUUCUGUUGUACAUAGGUUCACUAUGAGUCGGAGCCAACCUGACAGCACCUAACAACAAUAGUAACGUCUUUUAGGUGAAAGUUUCAACAGCAAAUUAGAUUUCAAUUUAACAAUUUUUAUACAUAUUUUUUGGUGAUAUUGGUUACAGUUUUCACAGUAUAAGCAUUUUCAUUAUAUCCAUUCUGUUUGUUCUGUUUCCGUUGUUCUAGUUUCUCUUCCCCUCAUUACCUCCCCAUCUUUAAGGGGGAGUUAUGUUAAUGAGUGUCUUAGGCUGGGUUCUCUAGAGAAGCAUAACCAGUAAAGCAUAUAUACAGACAGAGAGAGAGAAAUUUAUAUCAAGGAAAUGGCUCAUGUGGUUUUUAGAGGCUGUAAUGUCCCAAGUCCAUGAGGAAAGAGGAUUCUCCUGAUUCAUGUAGCCACAGGGGCUGGCGAUCCCCAGAUCGGCAGGCCAAAGAGCAGGGCUGUAUCAGGCUGUGAAGAUUCAUGAAUCUCAAGACUGGCAGGCAAGCCGCUAGCUCAAGUCCCAAGAACCAGAGGUCAGACUAACAGGAGCCAGCUGCAGGACCUAGAAGAAGCAAUAGGCCCAGCAGGCUGAGCAGGAAAAAGCUAGGUGGCAGAGGGUGGAGAGAUGAAGGCUGAGGCGGGUGGUGAGCAGCCACAGGCCCUGUCCCUGCUGGCACCACAGCACAUCUCAUCAUGGGAGUGGUCAUGUGUCAGAUUUCAACAGGGAAGUGAUUACAACAUUAUACAACUACCAAAACACUGAGAACCAUGGCCCAGGCAAGUUGACACACAACCUUAACCAUCACGGUGAGGCAGGACUUAAUCUACAAGAUUAGGCUGUGUCUUCAGUCCAUCUCUUUUGGGAUAUAAGCGAGAGAAGCAAGCAGAGAGACGGGGACCUCAUACUACCAAGAAAGUAGUGCCAGGAGCAGUGUGUCCUUUGGACCGGAGGUCCGUGUGUUGAGAACCUCCUAGACCAGGAGAAUACUGAUGGCAAGAACCGUUCCCCAGAGCCAACAGAAGAAGCCUUCCCCUGGAGGUGGCAACCUGAAUUUGGACUCUAGCCCCCUAGACUGUGAAAUAAUAAAGUUCGCUUUUUUAAACCCAACCACUUGUGGUAUUUCUGUUAUAGCAGCACUUGAUAACUAAAACAGGUAAUCUCCAGCACUGAUUUUUCUUUAAUGUUUUAUUUUGUAUAAUUUCAGACCUUCAGAAAAGUUGCAAAAAGUGUAAGGAAUUCUCGUAUACUAAUUACCCUGAUGAACCAGCUGUUUACAUUUUGGUUAUUUCUUUUGUCUGUGCCCAUCAGCCAAGUCCCAUCAGGAAUGGACUCGUAAUCAAAGAUAGAUUACUUUAGCUUGCUGCAGCAAGGGAAUCACACAGUGGGGAAUCGUGGAAUGACUUUA